AUGUCAUUGAGUCCCCCAGCCUAUCUCAGUUCCCUACAGAGCAACAUCAGAGCUCGUCCAAUACCUUGGGACGGUGCUGUUCGAGCCGGAAACCUAACAGAAGACCAGCUCAAGAGAAUCAGGUCGGUUGACAAGGUCAGGAAAGAGCAGCGGAAACAGACAAUCGAGAAAGAUGUGAACAGCUACAGCUCCCUGCUUGUCGGCGGUACAGAUGGUGGUAGUGUGCUCGAAAAAGCUUCAAAACGCAGCGACAUCGUCCAAUACACCCUGGUACUGGCAACAGAUCUUAUCAAUGAUGCUCCAGAUCUCGCAAAAGCUAUCCUACAGCAUCCUGAACCCUACAAGAGCUUCUUAUCCUUACUCAAUCAAGGGAACAGCCCAGAGGACCCCAUUCCACUGCUCUCAGCCACAUUUCUCGUCAAUCUUAUUGCCAUUUCUUUAACGACCUCCUCACGCCCAACCAAGCGAGAUGACGAGGCGCUCCCGCAGGUCUACUCGUACCUGGCCAAAUUGGUCAAGAACCAAGACAGUGGGUUACAAGAUAUUGGAGUACAGCACAUGUCACAACUUCUACGAACGAAACGAUCAAAAGAGCUGUUUUGGAACCAGAGACAGGAUACCGUUGACCCCUUAUUCGAUAUCCUGAAAAAGGCUGCCGGGGCUGCUAAGGACAAUGACUCUACGCUCUGGAGUGGCAACGCUAGCAUAAGAAGCAGUGACACGAGGUUUGGCGAAGGGGUAGGGCUGCAAUUGAUGUACCAUGUGUUGCUGGUAAUAUGGCAGCUCAGCUUCGAGGGUGAGCUUGUGGGUGAAGGUCUUGAAAAGGAUGAAGAGAUUGUGCCGCUGUACACACAGCUGCUGCGGAUGUCACCAAAGGAGAAGACCACCCGACUCCUGUUGGCAACACUUAACAACCUCCUUGCAACCAAUAAGGAGACGCUGAUUGCAACUGCCACAACCGCCAGGCUUCCUGCCCUCCUGAGCAACCUGAGCAGUCGUCAUCUGACUGAUCCCGAUCUAUUGGAGGAUUUGGAAGCCCUCAAGACGAUGCUGGAAGAAUACACGAAGAAUCAGACAACAUUCGACGAAUACGCCGACGAGGUAAACUCGGGCCAUCUACGCUGGUCACCACCUCAUCGUAAUCCGACCUUCUGGCGUGAAAACGCACGCAGAAUCCUGGAAGACAAAAGCGGCGAACUCCCUAAGAAACUGACCGAGAUCCUGUCCAAGGGUUGGGAGUCGGACAAGCAAGUGUUGGCCAUCGGGUGCAAUGACGUGGGCCAUUUGGUGAAGCAAGUGCCGGAGCAGCGGACUGCGCUCGAGAAACUAGGUCUCAAGGCUCGACUUCUGGAGUUGAUGGGCGAUCCCGACGAGAAUGUAAGGUGGGAGAGUCUCAAAGCCGUGGGGGAAUGGAUGAGAUACACGUUCGACAAAUGA